CAGAAUAUGCAGAACAUGGGAAAGUGUCUAGCAAAACAGAUGUAUACUCUUUUGGAGUGGUUCUACUGCAGCUAAUAACAGGAAUGAGAACUACAGAUAAAAGACUUGGAGGAAGAAGUCUUGUGGGAUGGGCAAGGCCACUUUUAAAAGAGAGGAACUAUCCAGAUUUAAUUGAUGAAAGGAUCAUUAAGGCUCAUGAUGUUCAUCAACUAUUUUGGAUGGUUCGAAUAGCUGAGAAAUGUCUAAGCAGAGAGCCUCAAAGGAGACUAAAUAUGAUUCAGGUUGUUGAUGCUUUGACUGACAUUGUGGAAGGCAGAACAUGUGACAGCAUCGUAAGAGAUUACUCCCCAGCAAGGUCAGAUUCGAUUUAUAGUGCAUCAGAGUCUGACGAAUCUGAAGAUGAAAUGAAGGAAUCCUUCAAGUGCGAAGAUGAAUCACCAACUCGCAGUUCAGAAUUCAUAGAUAGUAAUAGCACAUGUCAGAUGAUGCACAUGAAUUUAAGACAGCCACCAUCUCCUCCAAUUCAGAGCGUCUCUCUAAGUAGCUCAAGCUCGCAUUAUUCUCAUGAUGAGUCAACUAGUGAUGGUGAAGCAUUACAAAUAUCAAAAUCCAAUGAGGGUAGCUCAAUUUUUAGAUGCUAGGCAUUAUAUAUAGCUGAAAUAAGGGACAAUAUUUCAGUUUAGUUCCUUGAGAUGAAUAAAGUUUCCACUUAUUAAAGUGGUUGUUUUGUGUUAGAAAUAAUUAUAAAUAAUAUUUGUAUGAAUUUACCA